CCUCCUCGUCGUCCUCCUCCUCCUACUCCUCCAAAUUGUCUGUCUUUGUGGAACCACUAGGCAACAGUGAGUGCAUUACUGGAAACGUGGAAAUGCGCAGGAGCCGCACAGAGGAACCGAAGGCACAGAAGCAUCAUCCGAUCGAGCCCAAAGAAACAUUUGGUGGAUCUCUGCACCGCCGAACCAUGACAACCCUGUCGACAUUGUCCUAGAAGCAAAAGGGGGGAAGGUGCCCAAGAAGGAGCCCCGACAAUCGGCGUCGAUGCGCGCAGCCCAAAAUGACGACGGUGGGACAGUGAUCUUCCUCCUCCAGCUGCUCGUCAUCUUUUGCGGCCACACGCUCGGAUGCAACUCGCCUCCUAUGUGUACACACCACACAGGCAGGAUUGGAAACCGACUGCUCUCCAACACGGUCGCAAGUGCGCGCGGAGACGUUUCAUCCUGGCAGCCGUUCCCCGCGAAUAAUUACGCAGAGAUUUUGGCGUUUGACGGGGCACUGAGGGAUUUCGAAGUUUCGCAUGAAAACUUGCCGCGUGCGCGUGUACACUUUCUGAACGGGUCCACGCAGCCACAGCUCUUCCACAGGGCGAUGAGUAAUCCGCGUCGCAGCCACUGAUAAACCUGUAAAAAACCUGGACGGCGACGCGGGCGCGUUUUGGAUAGGCUGCCUCCUCUCCUGUGCGUCGCUUAUAUGGAUUCAUAUGGCUCCUGUGCUCGGUGUUUGAAAACUACUCGCACGUUGUUGACGUUCCAUGGCUGUGGACAGCAGCAGCAGUAGUGCGCGGCGAAAGAGGACGAUGCAAGACUAACUGGGGGCGAACACAGCGCACUUUUAUCGCCUUCUCUCUCUUUUUGCGCACAAGGAGGCAUUGCGCACAGGCUGCAGCAACUACAGCCCCGGACUUUUUUUCUUUUUCUUUUCUCAUUUCACUGACUCCUUUGUUAUUUCCUUUCCUUUCUGCUGUCAUCGUAGUAUGUCUGCACUUCGAAAGAAAUUUGGGGACGAUUAUCAGGUAGUGACCACCUCAUCUAGCGGGUCUGGAUUCAACCAGCAUCCCCCGGAGAAGAAGAGGAAGAGGCAGCGGUUCGUGGAUAAGAAUGGGCGAUGUAACGUCCAGCAUGGGAACCUGGGUGGCGAGACCAGCAGAUACCUCUCAGACUUAUUCACGACACUGGUAGACUUGAAAUGGCGCUGGAACCUGUUUAUCUUCAUCCUCACCUACACGGUCGCGUGGCUCUUCAUGGCCUUCAUGUGGUGGUGCAUCGCCUACAUCCGAGGGGACCUCAACAGGGCGCACAACGACAAGUACACCCCAUGCGUGGCCAACGUGUACAACUUUCCCUCAGCCUUCCUCUUCUUCAUAGAGACCGAGGCCACCAUAGGCUACGGUUACAGAUACAUCACGGACAAGUGCCCCGAGGGGAUCAUUCUCUUUCUGUUCCAGUCGAUCCUCGGGUCGAUCGUCGAUGCCUUUCUGAUCGGCUGCAUGUUCAUCAAGAUGUCUCAGCCCAAGAAAAGGGCCGAGACGCUGAUGUUCAGUGAACAUGCGGUGAUCUCCAUGCGGGAUGGGAAACUAACUCUCAUGUUCAGGGUCGGGAACCUGCGUAACAGCCAUAUGGUCUCUGCACAGAUCCGCUGCAAACUGCUGAAAUCUCGCCAGACGCCCGAAGGCGAGUUUCUUCCGCUGGAUCAGUUGGAGUUGGACGUGGGUUUCAGCACAGGGGCCGACCAGCUCUUUCUCGUCUCACCGCUCACGAUCUGCCAUGUGAUCGACCCCAAAAGCCCCUUCUACGACCUCUCCCAGAGAUCCAUGCAAACGGAUCAGUUUGAAAUUGUGGUGAUACUAGAAGGGAUAGUAGAGACGACAGGGAUGACCUGCCAAGCGAGGACGUCUUACACCGAGGACGAGGUCCUGUGGGGACACCGCUUCUUCCCAGUCAUCUCCUUGGAGGAAGGCUUCUUCAAGGUGGACUACUCUCAGUUCCACGCCACAUUCGAGGUGCCCACCACUCCGUACAGCGUGAAGGAGCAGGAGGAGGCUUUGCUCCUCUCCUCGCCCCUCAUGGCUCCAUCCCUGUGCAACAGCGGGGAGAAGAACAGCUCCCUGGACUGCCUGGAGACGCUGGAGGACAAUGACAGCACCACCAAGCUGCCCACCAAGCUCCAGAAGAUCACGGGACGGGAAGGCCUGCCCAAGAAGCUUCUGAGGAUGAGCUCCACCACCUCAGAGAUGACUUACAGCUUCGGAGACCUGCCCAUGAAGCUGCAGCGAAUCAGCUCUGUUCCCGGCGUCUCUGAUGAUAAGCAUGGCGGUAAGGCCUCCAAGAUGUGCACAGAGCCCAUGAGCAAGUCAGUGGCGGACUUACCUCCCAAGCUGCAGCGACUGGCUGGGGGAGGUGGGGGCAGGAUGGACGGACACCUACCGCCCAAACUCAGAAAGAUGAAUUCAGAUCGCUUUACAUAAAGCAGGCGACAUAUUUAACUUCUGCCAUCCACCUUUAUUCCCCCCUACCUGAAGUCCUUGUACUAUUCCUAAUUUAUUAACGAACAAUAUUCUUAUAUUAAAAGAAAUGUAGAAUUUGUGCACAAAUACCUUAUAUAAAGUAGGGUGAUGGAAUUGAGCACAUUUGUCCCUGGGUGUAAGUGUACAUGCUAUGAUGAAAGGUCUCUGACUCUUUUUUUUUUAGGACGAUGUACAAUUAGCACAAUCUGGCAUGUAAGAAACAGCGCAUGUAGAACCGAAUCUCAAUAACUUCUGGCAUGUCAUUUAUUGAUAUAUUACUUUACAUGAACGAUUUCAUUGGUAAAUUGACUGACGGUGAGAAAUUGCACAAAGCCAUAUGAUUUACUACGUGGGAAACUUCUCAUCACACGCUUCUGAUUUUGUGGUGGUCGAAAGGCACAUAACGUUUGUUUUCAGUUGAUUGCUUUUGUUGUUUAAACGUAAAGUUGUGGCAAUGUUAUGUUGAUUGCAUGCUCCUCUUAUUGACUUAGCUAUACAAAGGUAAUAGACAAAGAUGUUUAGCCUUAACUAUAUUACCUUGUUUCCAUUUUCAUGUUUGUUCACAGCUGUAUUUUUUGGUAUUUCAUAUAUAGAAUAUUUUACCAUGUGCGAUUUUAUGAUUUUAUUAGUUGAUCAAAUUCCGAAUAUGUUGCCAGAUGAUGUGUUUUACGUUGGCAAAGGCAUUAUCUGCAUCAUGUGACCUGUCUGAACUGGGCACAAUGCGAGACAUCUUCACUUGCUUAUUAAAGUAACACUUAAGUUGAAAGAGUCCAUAUUUGUACUUGAUAAGCACAAAGCAAUCAUUCUAUACUACCCGCUGAUAUUAGAAAGCAUUUAUGGGCAUUUUUGUUAUGAAUUAACUGCUUCGGGGCUACAGUUCAGUACUGUGCAGUCACUUGCACUACAAAGUCAGUGUAGUAAUCUGCAGUAGGCCUGUGUAGUCAUAUCAGACACGCCAUUAGAAUUUCAACUUAGGUGUUACUAGAUUUAGAGGUGGGCCUGUAACGGUCGACAUCCUCUCUCCUCUGUGAUGAAAGCAAUAAUAUUAUAAUGACUAUAAUCUUGAUAUAGCCACAGGGUCAACCACAGCCCGAUAUCCAUCCUGUUUACUGAAUCCAUGCCAUAAAAUCUGGUUUUCUCUAAAUGCAUAAAAUACAUUGUAUGAUACCCAAUCUCUUCAGGAAUAAAGAUCUAACUAACUGUUAAGCAUCUCGCUACUUUGACCAGAUGCAAUGCAUGCGUAUCCAGUUCUAAUCAAAUAAAUUGUUUUAAAUAAGCCUAUAUAACAGGGGGGUGGUCAAAAUGAAGGAAGAGCUACAACACUCUUACCUCACUGUAAAGAGCCUGUGCAGCUGCAUCUACCACCAUAUAAGUCUAAUCAUUACCCAAGGCAAAGCACAUUCAAAUCAUUUUCACCUUAAAGGAAUAGGGCCACUCUGGGAAAUAUGAUUAUUUGCCUUCUUGCCAAGAGUUAGAUUAAAAGGUUGAUACCACUCUCACAUUUGUACAGUUACUAUGAAGCUAAAGAGCCAGCAGCCAGUUAGAUUAGAGCAUAAAGACGGGAAACAUGAGAAAUAACUAACCUGGCUCUGUUCAUGCUAUAUUUCAUUUCUUUAAUCCGUCUGUUCUGUCAGUUUUAAAGGCCAAAGUGUAACAACAACACACUUUUAUAAAUGGCAAAUUGUUGUUAUAACACAUUUUUAUUAACAAGUAAACAAACAAGAUGUAGCAUGCUAAAUAGUAAAAGGUAGAUUCCGUUACCGUUGAUCGGAAACAGGCCAGACGUUUCCUGUACUUCAAGUCUGUAUGCUAAGCUAAGCUCACAGGGUGUUAGCCGUAGCCACAUACUGUAUAGAGCCUGGCCAUAGACUGUAUAUAAAGAUGGACGACAAGUCUACACUUGUACCCACUAUCCAGAACUGAAGCCAAAAGAUCCUGGAUAAGAACACCACCAUCUUGUGCAUUUGGAGCCAGAGUCUGUGCUGUAGUGAUCGGGGGAUGGAGCAGCGGUUGCAAGGUUCCAAUCGAUGCACACACUCGUUUUCACAGCAUCAAACAAAUAAUGAAAACCAAACUUACCGGGAAAAUUAGCACUUGAACAAACAUCAGUGUGAUAAGAACUACCUAACAUUACAAAAACCAUCUCCAACCAAUUUUGUAUGACUUUUUAGUUUGGUCCAUGUCCCAUCCAUUGUCAUGGAGGAGGUAGGAUUUAUAACAUGUACUGUAGCCACCCACCAGGUGGUGAUCAAUAUGCUUUGGCUUCACUUUUGGGAUCAGUCAUGACUCCAUCUUUGUACACAUCCUGUGAGCUUGACCAAUAUAGAUUUUUGCACUUGAAAAAAGUGAUACAGGUACAGAGAGGCAACUUCAGAGCUUUACUCCUUAAUGAAGCUUCUAAAUAAAGCAACUAACCUUGUUACAGUGAAAUGUUUGUAACAGUGUUAACAUGAAGGGAGAUUUUCAUGUGUAGAAAGGAUGGAGGAAGUGCUGCAUGAUAUAGCUUCUCUUGACUGAGACCGAUAUGAGCAUAUACUGUAUGUAUAUAUAUUUAUAUAACUUGAAUAAAUAAAAAUAAUUUAAACCAA